CUUUCUUUCACUCACCACCACCAACGCGUUCUCCGUUUAUUUCUUCCCUCCGUACUUUUUCUUUACUUUUUACGCGUAUUUCUUCUUUCCUCCCAUGAUGGAUCACUAUGCUAGCCGCCGCAAGGACAUGUUGGCUAUCAUGAACCAGCUUCACAGCAUAGGUGCUCAAACAUAUCUAGAGCUUCCUCGCAUCGUUGUCAUUGGAAACCAAAGCGCUGGCAAAUCGAGUGUAGUGGAGGCAAUAUCUGGCAUCACCGUUCCCCGCGACGCCGGAACGUGUACACGAUGUCCCAUGGAAUGUCGUCUUGCUUCAAGUGAAGACCCGUGGUGUUGCCAAAUCUCUAUCCGAUAUGAGUUCGAACCGAGUAACGGGAGGCGCCUCAAAGAUGUCAUGGAGCGGAAAUUCGGAGGCCUUAUCCUGAAGAAAGACCAGGUCGAACCAAUGCUGCGACGAGCGCAAUGGGCUGUGCUCAAUCCGAAGCUUUCAUAUGCGCAUGUCCUUGGGAUGAGCAUGCAUGAUAUGUACCAUAAUUUGUCAAGCAGCGCGCUGCAGUUUUCUCGCAAUGUUGUUUGUGUCGAUCUCAAGGGACCGGAUUUGACUGAUCUCUCUUUUAUUGACCUUCCAGGCAUCAUCCAAAAUGCUGAAACCGAAACCGUCAAACUUGUUGAAGACAUGGUCGUCUCGCACAUUGCGGGUGAUUGCUUGAUUCUUGUUGCUCUCCCGAUGACAGACGACGUGGAGAACCAAAAGGCACUCAAGUUAGCUAACCUCGCUGAUCCUCAGGGCCGUCGAACGAUAGGUGUGCUCACUAAACCGGAUAUGCUACCAGAAGGGUCUGUAAAAAACCGUGCCCUCUGGCUGGAUGUUAUCGAGGGGCGACGGUUCCCUCUCAAGCACGGUUAUUACUGUACGCGACAUCCAGACGAUGCCGACAGAAGCCAAGGUUUAUCCUCCGCAGAGGCGCGUAAAGCAGAGAUGGACUUUUUCGCACGAACGGAACCUUGGAAUAUCUCCAUCAAGCCACAUUACUUUGGUGUCAAAAAUCUCACAGCGGCCUUGAGUAGCCUCCUCAUACAAGUCAUACAGGAAGCCUUGCCAAAGAUUCAGCUCGAAGCGACUCGACAGUUGGAGACGUGCCGAGACGAGCUAGAACAUCUUCCAAAGCCGAUCGUCGGCGAUCCGGCCACUUACAUGCUACAGCUCAUCACGGCUCUCUGUGAUGAUGUCAAUCUCCAUGUUCGGGGGAGCUCGCAGACGAGUAAGAUGAUUCAAGAUAAUCGUGCAGCCUUUGCCAAGUUUAAAAUCGAAAUCAGAAAAACAGCACCGAAUUUUGUGUCUUCUGGCGAGGCAAAAGAACCGGUUGACGAUGACGAUGAAGAUGGAGGGGUGCUUACGACGUCUGCGCCAUUCACGGUCUCUGAUAUGAGGAAACAUAUACAGAGGUCCAUAACGAGAGAAUUACCCAACAAUGUGCCGUUCGAUGCUAAAGUAGCGCUCAUCACUUCCUUUCAGCGUUCGUGGCCACAUUUCGUCAAAUCAUGCUUUGAUAACGUCCGAAACACUGUUUUGAAUACACUUCUCGCCUGUGUGGAUCAUGAACGACUCGGGCGAUAUGACCUCUUGAGACAUCAUCUCCAUUCCUUCAUCUCGGAGAUUGUAUCAGAACAAUAUGCGUCUUGUCACGCGUUCUUGGAUGCUAUCCUUGAAGUGGAGCUCUCGCCUUUCACACAGAACCUACAUUAUCUAGACUCUAGUUCGGAGAAGUGGCUGGCGAAGUACAAAGGCGCCAGGCAGGAGAGUAAGACUCAGGCGGCGCCGGCGCCAGCACCAGCACCACCAGUACCAACAACCAAUCCUGUGCCGGGGUCUAGCAUCUCACCAGGACCCCUCAAGACGAACACCAGUUUGUGGAGCCCCAGACCUGUGCCUAUCAGCCAUAGUUCUGAUUCCUCGAAUGAAUCCGACUCCCUCCUCGAGCCGCUUCACACGGCUUCACAGACUCCAAAGCGCAAGUUCAAGAGUAACAGCAGAAUCAGCGCUAGUACAAGUACUCCGAUAUCUACUAGUGCACCAGUGGUGCCGAUCUGGGAUCAACGCCCCGUGACGUCGGGGACCUUCUUGCCCGCCGAAAAUGUAUCGAGCCCGUUCGAUCAGGAGAAGAUGGACCAUGCACUGGCGGCGCUAGCAGCACUGGGAUUCGCCGGGCUCACUGCGGAAGACCUGGAAAAGCUCCAUCCUGUGGAUGAGUACGAGACGGAGCUGAAGGUUAUGGCUGAAGUGAGGGGGUAUUUUCAGGUUUCGUACAAGCGCAUCAUCGACUACGUACCGUCCCUCAUUGAUCUCAAGUUCAUCAAGGCUGUGGGGAAGGCGCUCCAGCCGUUCUUGAUCAAGAAGUUUGAGUUGGGGAGUAAUGAGGCGAAUGCCAAGUGCGCAAAGUAUUUAGCUGAGGACCCGGGAGUGACGGCUGAGAGAGAGGAGCUAUGUACAAAGAAGAGGCUGUUGGAGAAGGUGCAGGAGGAGUUGUAUAGGUUCGGGGGGUUGUAGAUGUAUCGGCGUAUCUUGGGCCCGUAUUGGUUUUUUUUUGUUUAGUUCACUCUCUCAUCACGUUGUGUAAUAUCCAUAGUCACGAAUCAUCAACAUUGCCAUUUUGGCAUUUCCUACAUGAUAAGAAGACAGGUACGCGAUAGCUAUUCGAAAUUAGUAGAAUAUAUAUUCCUUCAGAUUAUGAACCAAUUAGGCUCCUCCACACGAACACCUCUGCUUGCAAUAUCCGUCACUGUUGG